AUGUCAAAUCCUGCGCGAUGUCUUAAUUCAAUCUUUCUAGAAGCAGUUCGUUCAGCAAGAUCCAUCCCUGUGUCAUCGCCAACUGAUACAAUAUCCCCGCCUCAGCGCUCUACAGGUAGGUAUUUACGUCAAUUAAGUAUCCUGAUUCUCCAACAACUUAAAGAACUCAGAAGGGGAUAUGUCACUUGUAUGUUGAUAUAUAAGGACCAUCACCAGUUCCUAUCUGAACUACUUUUUUAUGGUAUUAGGUUGGGUUAGUGAUAUGAUGCUCCUAAGAUCUGUAGUUUUUCUUCUCUAAUUGUCUUUGUCAUGAGUAUACCAUAGCAACUACUUUUUUCCGACUUAAGAACUUUGUAACUGUUUUUUUCGGGAGACUGUUGCAAUUGCAUUUUUUCCACCGAGAAUAGCCCGGCCAAUUGUGGGUAACACAAAUGUAAAUUAUUUUUUCAAUCUGAAAAAAAAAAAUGUUGCUACUGUUUUUGCUAUUUGAGUAUCUUUAAAAAGCUAAAACUUUUUUCUCUUCAGUCGAAUUUCAUGAAUAGUGUUAUUUAUUUAACACUAUAUAUUAGGGAAAUGAGACUGUUUCUUGUCAUCUGUCCAACGGAUGGCAAGGAUGGACAUUGAAGUUGAAAAGUUUUUUGUGGUUCACUCUAUCAGCAGCCACUGCAAUUUUUCUACUAAGUUAAGUUUUUUUCUGAGCUAUUUAAAUAGUUGUGGCGGGUUGUUCUCUCACCACGUCACAUUUUACAGCUUUAAGUUUAUGUUCAAGAUUCCCACCUGGGUGGUUUGUGUAAAUGGUAAGCACCCCUUGUUUGCAAUCUUGCGUAUUUAGAUAUGAGGACCUUACUUUCCGACGACGGCGACGGCAACGAGAACGUCAAAAAAUCAAUAGGUUUAAUAGGGGAGCCCCAUAGCUAAGGAAAUGUGGUAAUCUACCCAUCCAAGAAAAUUUGGUAAUAACGUGACCGUACACCAAGCGAGCGAGCGAGCGACCGUCCGUCCGCACCACAGGCAUACCAAUGUAAAAUAACUCAAUCAACAGGUAUGGCAACCCAAAUGCAACUCAAGGUUUUAUUUGGAGCGAAAUCACAUGGCCGCCCGGACUGUUAGAAAGAAAAACAACAACAAAGUCGUGUCUUUUCCGGCGUUAUUUUUUAUGUUUACACUAACGUGGAUAACAGAGAAAGAGCUAGAGCCAGUUAUUGAAAACAAGGGAGACGAAUUUCGUAGAAAGAAAAACAUGGAAAUUCAAAGCGGCGGUGAGAAAAUGAGAAAUGCGGUGAAAAAUAAAAGCGAACAUGAACACAGGAAACAAAAUAUUGGGUAAACACAUUCGACAAUUCCUCCAUAAAAAUAAAGUGUAACUAGGAGGUUUGACGUUUUAGUCGUACAAAACAGCGUUGUAGUGGUACAAAACAACGGCUCAUUUCCCUGGCUCAUUUUCCUCGAUUUUGUUGACAGUAUUUUUCUCUUAGCACCGCAUUUUCAAUACAUUUAGCCAGAAAGACGGACUUUUUACUGUGUUCGGGUUUUUGGAAUAUGUUUUAACUUUUCUAUUGUUGUUUUGCUUACAAAAUUAAAUAUUUUCUUGAAUUUUGUUGUUAAAACAGCUCUAAUCUGAUUGGUUCUUGGUGGUUUCUUUUUUGUUUUCAUCCAAUCAGAAACCAUUUGUAAUUUGCACUCGUGCUACAAGUUUUGCACUCGUGUUGCAAGUUUGCACUCGUGUUACAGAAGAACUGCACUUUUUUCUCAGCCAAUCAGAAAUGAGUAAUAUUUUUUCGUGUAUAUUAUUAUUUUGCUAAUUAGAUCUAUUAGUCUUGAAGCCAUUUUCAUUGUCGUCUCCGUUUAACAUUACACGAUUUAUUUUUUUCUUUGUUCAUGAGUAUUAUUAACCAGAGCUUCGCUUUUAGCCCUGACUAAAUCUAUAUGUUAACCAAAAAACAAUUUACACGCGCAACACGCUUUUUUUGUACAUUUCUUUGCCGUCACUGCACGACUACAACGUGAAAAUGCGUAAUUUCACGUUUUACAGAGGAGGUACACAAGCCAGGACAAAAUUUCCUCUCUCUUUCUGAACUUGGAUAUGGCUCUUAGGAAUUCAACUUUAGGAGGGUUCACCUACAUUUGACAAAGUUGGUGACUUGGAGUAAUCACUAUGAAGAUUGAAAGAACGCAAAUUCACCUUUUCAGCGACGUUUUCUCUGCCGUCUCCGUCUUUGGAUCUUAAGGUCCCUAUUAGUGGUACCACGGACAGCAAACUUAUGACUGAAUUGCAUUUAACUAAAAUGAAUUUGCGUAUAAUAUUUUUUUGUUAUAUUCGGAUCAACGUACUUAGGUUUCUGGGAAACUGCCCACCUACCCCUCUCCUAAGCUAACAUUAACACUUACUUCUCACUUAGGGCAAAAUGAUGGUUUAAGGGAGAGGUAGGUGGGCAGUUUCCCAGAAACCUUUUGAAUUGAUCCUUAUAUCCUAUACACCACAGGUUCACCGAAAUCCACCACUGAUGAUUACUACUUUGGAAAUGUUACCAUUAUCCUUGUUGUUAUAGUGGGUAUCAUCAGUGUUCUGUUGGGUUUGUUGGUGAUUUACGCUGUUUUAAAAUGGAAAAAGAGUAGGAGUGGCACCGUUUCAAACAAUAAGCCAGACGGAGAGUCAAUUGCUCUCACCAGCUCUGUUAUUGCCGACGGUCAUGAUAACAACGAAUUGCAGAUGCAUGUUCUUUAA